GCCUUCCCACCCUUGGCCAGGCCAUUCAUUCCCUCUGCUUGCACACAGAGGCAACCAUGGGGAUCUUCUGGGCGAAUCGGUUCCCGCUCGUACUGGUGGUGUCCUGGUGGUUUGGGGGCCUGGAGGCUCCUGCAGAGGCACAGAAUGUUAUCUGCUAUGCGGCAUUUAACGUGAGGGCAGGUACCUGCAGUGACCUGCUGGGAGAAGGAGUAACCGCAGACGAAUGCUGUCUAAAUCACCAAUAUGGCUUCCGGGAGAACGAGAAUGGGCCUUGCCGGUCCUGCCGUGCAGCUGCGUGGAGUGAAUGGUCCUCAUGGACUGCUUGCUCCGUUUCUUGCACAGAAGGGGUCCAGCGGAGUAGCCGAACAUGCCAUGGACGUGGCGUGGGCACUUGUCAGGAGGCCUCACGCGAGUGGCAAAUGCAAUCCUGUACUGUGAAGGACUGUUGUCCCGUGAUGGGCGGCUGGUCUGGAUGGGGCGCCUGGUCUGCUUGCUCAGUGACCUGCCUCAAAGGAGUCCAGACAAGGAAGCGAAGCUGCAGCAAUCCGGCACCGGUCUGUGGAGGAACCUGUCCCGGAGACGGCACGGAAACACAGCCUUGUGACACACGGCGGGUUUGCCCCACCCAUGGAAACUGGGGAAGUUGGGGGAACUGGGGGGCCUGCUCUGGCACUUGCACACCUGAAGGGGCCGGCCCAAAGCCCACCCAGCAACGCCAACGCCAGUGCAAUAACCCCCAGCCUUCCGUGUCCCCACGUGGCAACCCCUGCCCAGGAGGGGAACGAGAUCAUCGAGACUGCGCGGGACUCCCCUUCUGUCCAAGGGACGGCAACUGGGGCAGCUGGAAGCCUGCCGGUCCCUGUGCGGUGACCUGUGGGGUCGGCCGGGUGCAGGAGAAGCGUCUGUGCAACAACCCUGAACCACGAUACGGAGGGAAGAACUGCCUGGGACCAGACACUCGCAGUCACACCUGCAGCACCCGAGUGCCCUGCCCAGUGGAUGGGCAGUGGUCUGAGUGGGGCUUGUGGACGCCCUGUACCCGGCUUGCCUCAACACUCAAGGUCUCUUGCGAAGAGAUCACUGCACUUCAGUGGAGGAACAGGAAAUGCGUUGGACAGGCGCACGGUGGCAAUUUCUGUCCAGGAUCUCGUCAAGAAGGACGAAGCUGCUACAAUAUCCACCAUUGCUCUCUGCCAGGAUCCUGGACAGACUGGAGUCCUUGGGGCCUCUGUGAGCCGCCGUGUGGGCAAAACCCUGUGAAAUCUCGUGAGAGGGUGUGCAAACCCAAAUAUCCCGAUUUCCCAUUGGUAGUUGAAGGAGAGAAUCGGAAGCUGCAAAAUGUCAGCUUUUGGGGGACCCCAGUACCCAUUUGUGAACGCCUGAACAAUCAGCCCUUGAAGGUGGUGGAAUCAACACCGUGUCAAAAUGUGGUGCCUUGUGAAGACUGAUCUUGCAGAAGCAAACGCUCUCAAUGUCAGCACUGGAUGCUACGGCGGAGUGGGGUGGGAAGCCAUGCUGACUUCUGCUUCCUGUAACUUUGCAACCUUCCCGUCACUGGCUUCCUCCCUUUGAAAUGACCCUGGGAACCAGAGAAUAAUCAGCAGAAUACAUUGUAUUGUUUGUUUUGUAUCUACACACUAUAAUGGGGAUAUUAAUUAACAGAAGAGUUCCCCCCGAUGUUUAUUUUCCGCACCACCUACGUUUUUAAAGAUAUAAUUCAUUUGUGUGAUUGUUGGUUUUGUAUGAUAGUUAAUUUUGCAAUUAAA